UUCUCCAGAUUCGGGACUGGCUGUCAGACGGGACCAUGGAGCUGCUCUGAUCACCCGCGGAGAUCCAAGAUGCUGCUGCCGGUGAACGGCUCCUCCUGCGGGGCCGACAUGUCGGUGACCAACCGGUCAGCGGACGCGAGCGUCGGCGCGGAAGCAGACGGUGCUCCCGGACCGGAGGCAGUGAUCGUGCCCGUGGUGUUCGGGCUGAUCUUCGUGGUGGGACUGGUGGGAAACUCUCUUGUGAUGGUCGUUAUCGGGAGGGUAAAGUGUAGCGGCGGGGCGCGCGCUCUCAGCCCCACCAACAUCUUCAUCGUGAACCUGAGCGUAGCGGACCUCCUCUUCCUUCUCUUCUGCGUGCCCCUCCACGCCACCAUCUACUCUCUGCCCGAGUGGGUGUUCGGGGCAUUCGCGUGUAAGUUCGGACACUUCCUUUUCACCGUCAGCAUGCUGGUCAGCAUCUUCACGCUCGUGGCCAUGUCUGUGGACCGUUACAUCGCCGUGGUGCGCUCCAAGAAGUCCGCGUGCGUCCGGAGCCGCAGGAACGCGCUGGUUGGGCUAGGUGUCAUCUGGACCUUGUCGCUGGUGUGUUCGGUUCCGGUGGCGCAGCACCAGGUUAUCACAAACCACCCCAGUGCCCCAAACAGCUCGUUCUGUUGGGACAACCGGACCGGAGCGUCCAGAGCCGCCUACAGGGUGUCCGUCCUUGUCCUGGGGUACCUGCUGCCGCUGCUUCUCAUCUGCUGCUGCUACACAAGGGUUUUGUGUCACCUCCACAGAAAGAUGAAGAACUUGUCCAAGAAAUCAAAGCGCUCCAAAAGAAAGACCGCUCAGACUGUCCUCCUCCUCGUCUCCGCCUUCACCAUUUGCUGGAUGCCCCAUCACAUCAUCGAUAUGUGGGUGGCGUUCGGCAGCUUCCCUCUGACCAACGCCUCCUUCGCUUUCCGGAUCGCUGCCCAUUGCCUGUCCUACGGACACUCCUGCGUGAACCCGGUCCUCUACGCCUUCCUGUCAGAGAACUUCCGGAAAGCCUGCCGUCAGGUUUUCAGCCGCCACCUCCUGCAGCCGCCUCCCUCCACCAGCAAAGUGGUCCGCUUCCGCAUGGACAACUUCUCCACCACACACUCCACCACCAACAUCUGAUGGGCCAGGAUAUCUGGUCAUGACCACAGAACCACGUGUGAUUGGCUGCUUUUGUCAGCCUGCAUGCACGCGCACACACACACACACACACACACACACCGAACGUCUCCUCAGACCUAUAUGGCUAUGGGCCUGUCCAGCUUCAGAUCAGCUGACUGACUCAGAAUAUUCAGGAUGUGCUGGGUCCAUCACAACAGUGAAGUUCGCUCCAGGUGUCGCAUCAGGUUACAUGGUGAUGCAGAAUUCUACAAAUGGAAACUCAGAAAUAGACCUUUUACAUGUAGGACACAAGAACUGAACCUUCAGAUGUUCUGGUCCAAAUUUUUCAGGUUCUGGUCAGAGUCGGUUACAAUCUGCAUAAGUCUGGAUCAGUGUGAUCCAGUCUGAACUUCAUGAAUUUAUAUGGACUGGUUUCAGGUUAGACAAUGUUCACACUGCAGGUCUUAAUUCUCAAAUACCAUUUUAUGCAGAAAUCUGAUUUUAUAUCAUGAAUCUGAUUAUUUUGUGUGGUUGUUCAUGUAAUAAUAUCACUGUGACAUCCCACAGAGUGUUUACGUAGGUAAACGUAAAUGUGAUGUGUUACAUCAAUUUAAAUAAAAUAUUGUUAAACCCAAUCUAAUCAUGUCUCAUCUCCUCCUGGGAUGAUUUCUGUCUCAUGUCAAUGACAUGAAACUUGGAUGGGUUGCAACAUGGCUUGUCAGACUGAGGUUGCUUUGAUUUGGUACAAAUUAGGAAAGUGGUCUGGAUUGGAUCUGUCUUCAUCAGAUUGUCAUAAAAUAUCUUAUAUGGGACAGACAAGGACAAAAAAACUCAGAUUUGACUCACUUUUACCUGCAGUGUGAACGCAGCACUAAAAGAGACAUCCAGAGAUGAC